AUGCUGGUCAAUUUAUCCGCAUCUCAUAGGAGCAUAAAUAAGACUUCAGACGCACAAAGUCAGCGGUACAUCCUAUCGUUGGAUCUCAAUGGGCUGAUGCAAAUUGUACAAAAUGAACCUAGAUAUUUCUACCAGAAAGUCUCAUCAGGUUACAAACUCUCAACUUCAUUGCACGAACUGGAUUUGCGCAUUCUGAAUGUGGUGUCUUAUCAGUAUAAGAUCUGGAAUACGAUUAAGUACUUUGAUGCUGGGGUUAAGACACAAUAUGAUAGGAAGAAUCAGCUGCCGGCCGACCGCAGCGCAGAGCCUCCCGAGGUGGAAAAAGUACACGAAAUAUCUGGCUUGGGUGUCUCCGCCUGGACAACUAAAUCUAGGAUUUCAACGCUACUGAAAGAUGGGAUAAAUCAAGACUACUAUCUAAAGACAACAGUUGGCGACUUGAAUCGAGCUGCUAUCAAUGGAGAAUUUGAGUCGAUGAAGGCCAUAAAGAAAGUUAUUCCUGGGUUUAUAGCUUCACCAAUCGCCCAAGGAUCAAUGAAAAACGAGUCAGACUGUCACUUGUACCGUGGCCAAUAUCUAUCAAUCAUAGGCGAAUUGGUAGAACCCUGUUCAUUCUGUGAGUAA